UUCGUAAAUAAAUUAUUUACCAUAAUAGCAAAAUACCACAUAAAUACUUUUUCUAGUAUUUAGCUUAAUUUUCCACGUUUAAAAAAUAACACAACAAAUGCUUUCGAUAAUAACGAUAUAAUUUUUUCUGCUAAUACUAGAAUAAAAUAAUUUAUUUACUUUAAAAUUUCAUUGUUGACGUCAAUACCAUAAUUUAAUUAUUCAAUUCUAUAGUUACUAGGUCGCAAUUGCAAAGGAUAUUAGCUCUUAAACGGAUAGUUAUAAAUAUUUUUUGAAUAUUUUUAAGUAGAAGACUUUUUUCGCUGGGUAAAACACUCGAUGGAGGGCAAUAGAGAUGAAGCAUUCAGGUGCAUUGAAAUUGCAAGAAAAGCUUUAACAGAAGGAAAAUUAGAACGAGCUGAAAAAUUUUUGAGCAAAGCUGAAAAAUUGUUUCCAACUAAAGAGGCUAAAGAUUUACUCUCUAAGUUAAAAAGUUUCCCGUCAAAAGAUGGCUCUAAAGAAAAUUUUUCUGAAGAAACUGAUGGGCCACACAAAAGACAUACUACAUCUGGUCAAACAGGUUCGCAACGAACAACAUCACCGACUAGACAUGAGCCGGAGUAUACACAAGAUCAAAUGGAUGCUGUUAGGAGAGUAAAAAAAUGUAAAGAUUACUAUGAGGUGUUAGGUGUAACAAAAGAUGCAUCUGAUUCUGAAAUCAAAAAGUCUUAUAAGAAAUUGGCUCUGCAGUUACAUCCUGACAAAAAUAAGGCUCCAGGUUCUGUAGAAGCUUUCAAGGCUGUAGGAAAUGCUAUGGCAGUGUUAACGGACGCAGAAAAAAGAAAGCAAUAUGAUCUAUAUGGCAAUGAAAGCUUAAGUAGUGGUAAUCAUUCUCACGGUAUGGGUAGGCAAACAUAUUCAGAAUAUGCAUUUGCGCGUGGAUUUGAGUCUGAAAUUACACCAGAAGAGUUAUUUAAUAUAUUUUUUGGUGGUGGUUUUCCGCAGCAAAAUGUUUACACGAGGCAGAGACGUUUCCACAAUCGAGAGCAUCAACAUUCGCAACCGCAAUCAAAUUAUUCAGCAUUAAUUAAUUUAUUGCCAAUUUUGCUGCUAAUCGGUUUAUCAAUGAUGUCGUCAUUUUUUAUCUCAGAUCCAAUCUACAGUUUACAGCCAAGCCAUAAAUACUCGAUUCAAAGACGUACUAACAAUUUAAAAAUCCCUUAUUAUGUUAAAGACGAUUUUCAUUUGGAAUAUCAGGGUUCUGUUGUUAGAUUAGAAGCUUCAGUAGAAGAAGAUUAUAUGAAUCAUUUAAGGCAUUCUUGUAGCAGAGAAAGAAACUAUAGGGAUUCUAUGAUAAAUAAAGCGAAAAUAUUUGCAGAUAGGGAUCUUUAUAGAAAAGCACAAAAUAUUAACACACCGUCAUGUGAUAAUUUACAGAAAUUGCUGAACAUGUAGUUAGAACUGCGUAAUACUGGGGGAAAUAUUGGAACUACGGCAUAUUUAAAUAAAUUUUACAAUCAUUAAAAUUUGGCUCCAUGUGUCUUUGAAAUAAAUUAUUUAUAUUAGAAAUUUUUUGCUUAUUUUGUUUAUAAAACAAUACUAAAGUGUAUGUUUUUUCUAUUCCUUUAAUUUAAUGAAGGUAUUUGUUUUACAAACUUAGUUUUUGAAAUUGCUUAUUUGGAGAGUUAAUUUGUUUAUACAUAUAUAUUUUUAUUUACGUAUUAUUAAAUUUGGUUUAUUGAAUGUGA